AUGUCCAUCGAUCUCUCACUCGACAGGAUCAAGAGGUUGCUGGGCGUCCUGGCCUACACCCGACCCACGAUCCACAUCGCAGGAACGAAUGGCAAAGGCAGCGUUUGUGCCCUGGUAUCCUCGAUUCUUACAGCCGCGGAACCCGCUCUCGCUAUCGGGAGGUUCAACAGCCCACAUCUCAUCUCGGUGCUAGACUCUAUUUCCAUCAAAAAUAGACCGAUAUCGGAGGAGGCGUACUUCUCCGCAAAGGAAACUGUAGAACGAACCGACAAAGAGAACACCAUCGGCGCAAGCAACUUCGAACUGCUCACAUGCACAGCGCUGGUAGCCUUCGAGCAUGCGGCCGUAGACGUCGUCAUUCUUGAGGUUGGAAUGGGCGGCCGCCUGGACGCAACAAACGCCGUGUCAGACGACUGCAUCCUCGUCUCUGCCCUUACCGCCGUCGACCUCGACCACCAGGCUUUCCUCGGAAACACGGUCGGAGCUAUCGCUCGCGAGAAGUCCGCAAUAUCCAGACCUGGGAGGCCAUUCGUGAUCGGUCCGCAAGUUCACUCCGAGGUCACUGACGUCGCGCGAUCUGUUGUAGCCGCGGUGGGAGGGGAGGUGAUCCCCCUGCCCAUUGUGACCCGGGCCAAUUGGGACGACGCUCUGGAUGGCCCGCCGCCGCCAAGAGACCCCGCAUUCGAGGGCGCGUCUCCACGCCUUGUCCAAGUCUCCAUGGCCUGUUUCACCGAGCCCGUCCGCGCCCUUCUUCCAUUGCACGGAGCGCAUCAGCUCGCCAACCUCCGCGUCGCGGCAGGAAUUAUCUCCGCCGUGCUCACCCACUCAUCCUGCGAGAAAUUCGGCCUGGGGCUGCGCGACCGCAUUACGCCCACCGCGGUCGCCCGCGGGAUCGCGAACACCCGCUGGCCCGGCAGGUUGUCCUACCACACGCUCACGCUGCCCGCCCAGGCACCGGCCGAACCGUCGGGGGCUCAGAAGCUGCUAGUUCUCGCGGACGGCGCACACAACCCCGCCUCUGCGACCGCACUUGCUGAGUACCUCACUGAGCUCUUGGGAGAGUCUCCCCAGGGGACGCCGAAUCGCCCACUAGUGCUCACAUUUGUGCUUGCGCUGUCGCACUCGCCGCCGAAGACCCCAGCACAGACCCUUGCCCCGCUCUUUGCGCUGCGCGAACGUCUUCCCCGGGGCCGCCAAGUGCGGAUAGGUGCCGCGCUGCUCCGCUUCACCCCACCCGCAGGGAUGCCCUGGGUCCGCCCCGAACCACCCUCGGUGAUCCGUGCCGCCAUCAGCACACUCGUCCCCUCGCCCGGGUCAACCAUCGACCUCUGGCCAGACUCAGACGCGAACGAAGCAGAAGCGGCGGGCAAAAGCGAAACGGCGCUCGAGCGGGCCCUGCGCUGGGCCGCGGGUCGGCACGCGGCCGGGCGCGAAGACGCGCUCGUCGUGCUCGCGGGCAGCCUGUACCUCGUCGCGGAUUUUUAUCGGCUGCUCGCCUCGCUCGGGCAGGCGCAGGAGAUCUGGGGUGCGAACUGAGAGGCCUGCGCCCUGCGCGCGCGAGAGCGCGCUGUCAGCGAGACGGAGGUGCGGACGUCCGUUCGUGUUGCCCGCUCACGCGCGCAUUCUCCGCAGGAAUCUGGCAAUGCUCAGACGGCGGCGGACUGGGAACGGAGAAGCAGCAGCGGCAGGCGAGGUUCCCGCAGUGAACCGUGGACGUACGCAGGCCCAGGGUCGCCAUCCAGGCUCUAGUGCCGCUUACGUUCGUGCUGGAGAGAAGAUGCCGGGGGCGGGGCACGCGCGCGGCCGCGCACUGAACAGGCGGGUGCGCGUUUCUCCGACGCUUAUCCCGAGAACGUCGAAGGCGCGCCGCUGUGGGACUGUGGGGGUGCGCGUCCGGCUCGACAAAUGGACGGGGCAUGGGACCCGAUCGCGGGAGAUCGGCGAUGUGUGCGCGUUUGCCGUGGGUGGAGGCCGGUUGGGGUAUGUCGGUGCAGUUUCGGAUGUAUGGGCGCGCGCAUCGCAAUAGAAAGCUUGUUUCCGC